AUUGAUACGUUUCCUUUUACCAUCAGUUGAAGUCAAAGUUCGUUGCAUAAACUACAACUGGCGAUCCGAAUCUAACUGCGCACAUCUAUCCAUGUCGGUAGCGCUCACGAUAAACCAGUCGACAAAAACAAAGGAGGGUUUGGGUAUGCAAUGCGGCCCACGACCAUACCUUUAUCAAAUUGUCGGAAUGCACAUGAUGAUAUAGUUAAAUGCAACAUUUCUCGAUCGGUAGAGAUCAGAGUAGUAUGCCAAUUUUACAUGAGCAAAACGAGGCAGUAUUCUAUGCUGAAUAUAUAAGCGUUGAUUGCUCUGCUUUUGGGUAGGGUGAAGAGAGGAAUUUUUUCUUUCUUUUGAUGGCUUCUGAAGGGACUUGGCAUUUUGCAGCCGGAAUCGCAGGCAAUUUGUUUGCGCUAGUGCUCUUCUUGUCCCCAAUACCUACAUUUGUCAAAGUGAGGAGGCAUAAGUCAACUGAACAAUUUUCGGGGCUGCCGUAUAUCUUUGCUCUCUUGAAUUGUUUGAUUUGCACUUGGUAUGGUCUUCCCAUUGUAUCCGAUGACAAUGUUCUAUUAACCACGGUCAAUGGGACAGGAGCAAUUUUUCAACUCUUCUACAUCUGCAUCUAUAUUGCAUAUUCUAAGAAGGAAGCACAGGUUAAAACAGUAGCAAUGCUGUUAUUGGUUCUGUGUAUAUUUAUAGCGAUUGCCAUGGUUUCAUAUGAGUUCAUGAAGCAGCCACUGCGUAUGAUGUUUAUUGGAUGCCUCAGCGUAGUGUCUCUUGUUUGCAUGUUUGCAUCACCAUUAUCUAUCAUUAGGCUGGUAGUUCAGACAAACAGUGUGGAGUACAUGCCAUUUUAUCUUUCUCUUUCAACAUUUUUGAUGAGCACAUCCUUCUUUGCAUAUGGCAUUAUUGGCCGUGAUCCUUUUGUUUCAGUCCCCAAUGGGAUUGGGAGCUUCCUGGGAAUCAUACAGUUGGUUCUAUACUUCCAUUAUAGUGGAGUUAGUAGGAGAAGCUGUGACACACAACCAUUGCUAAGCUCAAGGGUCUAAGAUUUUCUACAAUAAAUUACUGUCAUUAAGAGACGUGAUAUUUCGAGAGUCCAUGUAAGUGAUUGAGAAUGCUUGUAGUAACCAUGUGGAUGCUUUUUGCAUCAAUGUUUUGGAUCACACUCGUGAUCCAUCAUUCUUGUAGUAACUGCGUGGAUGCUUUUUGCAUCAAUGUUUUGAUUCACACUCUGUGAUCCAUCAUUAUGAUUACACUCUGUCAUCCAUUAUUCCAGGUUUAUAUGUCAUUUUGAUAGCAUGAAGGUGUUUGGAGGCCUUCUAUCAACUAGGACUUACUAGCUGGAAUAUGAUCAUAGAGAGGUGCUAUUGUUUAUGGUGUUGCUUAAGCUGUAUAUGUUCAUUCAAAAUUUUCAUCUAACAGACUCCAGUCCAAUCAACAAACCAAAUGUAGCAAUUCUUUUGAUAAUUACUCACAGAAAGAUUUAGGUCUUUUUGAAAGGUUUUUUCUGUCCAAAAAUCAGAUUUCCAGACUGAAAACCCAAGCUCAGUAAUGUUAUUUUGAGUGUAUUUAAGCUUCUCAAUCGCUCAUUAGAACUUUCAUGUUAUUACUUAAAAUUGCAAUUAACAGUAAAUAUAACAGAGCUUUUGUUA